UCAGAAUACGAACGUAUAUAUACUCAACUGAGGCUUCUCUGUUCCUCUCCUUCCGCAUCCAGUCACACAUCUUCAUUCACUCCGUCCUUCAUUCUCUUCUCUUUUCUCUUCCCGAAAUCGAAGGGAUCCUCCGUUCCUGCCAUGGCGGACAACCCUGUUGUUGUGGCUCCUUCUACAUCGUUAUCUGGGGCUGCUCCUCUUGGCUCCUCGGUCAUCUCAUUGGUCAACCGGCUUCAGGAUAUCUUCGCCAGGGUCGGAAAACAGUCCACCAUCAACCUCCCUCAGGUGGUUGUCGUUGGUAGCCAGAGUAGUGGCAAGUCCAGCGUCCUUGAGGCUCUUGUAGGUCGGGACUUCUUGCCCCGUGGAAAUGAUAUUUGCACCAGGAGGCCGCUCGUGCUGCAGCUUGUGCAGACUAAGAUGAAGCCUGAUGGCACCGAAGAGGAAUAUGGCGAGUUUCUGCACUUGAACGGGAAGAAAUUCUACGAUUUCUCUGAGAUUCGCAGGGAAAUUCAGGCUGAAACUGAGAGGGAUGCAGGAGGGAACAAAGGUGUUUCAGACAAGAUGAUUCGUCUAAAGAUCUUUUCACCAAAUGUUCUUGAUAUAACACUUGUAGAUCUCCCGGGCAUAACAAAGGUUCCUGUUGGUGACCAGCCUUCUGAUAUUGAAGCUCGAAUUAGAACAAUGAUCAUGUCAUAUAUCAAAAUUCCCGCCUGUGUCAUUCUGGCUGUCACACCAGCAAAUUCAGAUUUGGCUAAUUCAGAUGCUCUUCAGAUGGCUAGAAUUGCUGACCCUGAUGGUAGUAGAACAAUUGGUGUAAUCACAAAGUUGGAUAUCAUGGACAGAGGUACUGAUGCCCUGAAUUUGUUGCUUGGAAAAGUUAUUCCUCUCCGUCUUGGUUACGUGGGUGUUGUUAACCGUAGUCAGGAGGAUAUUCUUAUGAAUAGGAGUAUAAAAGAUGCUCUUGUUGCUGAAGAGGAAUUCUUCCGCAGUCGUCCUGUGUACAAUGGCAUAGCAGAUCGUUGUGGUAUUCCUCAGCUAGCGAAGAAGUUAAACAAGAUUCUUGCACAACAUAUCAAGGCAGUGCUUCCAGAGUUGAGAGCACUUAUAAGCAAUGCACUGGUUGCUUUUGCAAAGGAGCUUGUGAGCUAUGGAGAAAUCACUGAGUCCAAGGCUGGUCAGGGUGCUCUCCUUCUGAAUAUUCUUUCAAAAUACUGUGAAGCAUUCUCCUCCAUGGUAGAGGGGAGAAACGAGGACAUGUCUACAAUUGAGCUUUCUGGAGGAGCUCGAAUUCACUAUAUUUUUCAAUCAAUAUUCGUGAAGUGCUUAGAGGAAGUUGAUCCGUGUGAGGAUUUGACUGAUGAUGAGGUUCGAACUGCCAUACAAAACGCUACUGGACCUAGAUCAGCAUUGUUUGUUCCUGAAGUGCCAUUUGAAGUUCUUGUGAGAAGACAAAUAGCUCGGCUAUUGGAUCCAAGCCUUCAAUGUGCUAGGUUUAUAUAUGAUGAAUUAAUAAAGAUCAGCCAUUGCUGUAAGGUGAAUGAGCUUCAGCGGUUCCCUUUCUUAAGAAAGUGCAUCGAUGACGUCAUAGGGAACUUUCUGCGAGAUGGUCUUGAACCCUCAGAGAAUAUGAUUGGGCACAUUAUUGAAAUGGAGAUGGACUACAUAAAUACUUCUCACCCAAAUUUUAUUGGUGGAAGUAAGGCAUUGGAGAUUGCAAUGCGACAGAUGCAGUCUUCUAGAGUUCCUCCCUCAGUUUCAAGGCAGAGGGAUGGCAUGGAAACUGAGAGGGGAUCAGCUUCUGAUAGAUCUCGAGGUAUUUUUACAAGGCAAGCUAAUGGAUUUGUGGCUGAUCAGGUUGUUCGUCCUGCAUUGGAUGUUGAAAGGGCUGCAGCCUCUGGAACCUCUGGUAAAUCAAGUUGGGUUAUUUCAUCCAUUUUUGGAGGUGAUAACCGUACAUCUGCAACAGAUAGUACAGCUAGUAGAGGACAUAGUGAAACAGUUCAUGUGAUGGAACAGUCCUUCUCUAUGAUCCAUUUAAGAGAGCCCCCUCCUAUCUUGAGGUCAUCUGAGAGCAGUUCAGAGGCAGAAGCUAUUGAGAUUGCAGCCAUGAAGUUGCUUUUGAGAUCAUAUUACAACAUUGUUAGAAGGAAUGUUGAGGACUUCGUACCAAAAACAAUUAUGCACUUCUUGGUAAACAAUACAAAACGAAACCUGCACAAUGUUUUUAUUCAAAAGCUUUACAGAGAGAACCUGUUUGAAGAGAUGUUGCAGGAGCCUUAUGAGGUAGCUAGGAAAAGAAGGCAUUGUCGAGAAAUGCUCCAAAUUUAUCAACAGGCUUUUAAUGAGUUGAAUGGGCUACCUCUGGAAGCUGAAACAGUUGAAAGGGGUUACAGUUUGUGUAAACCAAAUGGUCAGCCUAAUAUUCGUCGAAUGCCAACUUCAACAGGUUCUGCAAGCAGUUCUAGAAGGUCUUCUCACUCUGGGGAGGUUCCAUCGCCACUUCAUGCUAAUUCAGAUUCCAAUGGAACUGCGGGGCCGUUGGGCUAUUAAUCCGCUGUUGAUUUAUGAGCUGGCUGAGCAUGGUUAUUGAGCUGGCCAGGAGGAAGAAGUUGUUGUUAUUUUUUCCCCUCCUUUUAGUGUUAAAAGUUGCCACUUUGUUUUACAAAAGGUUCUCUUUUCCCCCUUAAUAUAAUAGCAUUGGCUUUAUUUGCAAGGCUCAAAAAAGAAUAACGGGAGCAGAUUUUGUCCCAUUU